AUGGGGGCCGUGCCCAAGGCACCCAAGGGUUCCUUCAACGUGCUCUACUUCGCAAGUGCAAGCUCCUUCACCUCGAGAGAAUAUGAGACCCUGCCGGCGCCCCUCCCGCUGCACAAGUUGUUCGAGGUUCUGGAGGAGCGGUACACGGGCAUUAGGGAGAAGAUCCUGAGCUCUUGCCUCGUGACUGUCAACCUCGACUAUGUCGAUGUGUCCGAGAUCGGUGAUGGGGAAGACGAAUCAGCGCAGGUCAUGAUCAAGGAGGGCGACGAGGUCGCCAUCAUUCCUCCGUGUCAUGAUGCCUCUCUGGGCCAAGAACCAGGCAGCAGCGGCUCGGUCUCUCCUCCACCCCAUGUUCUCCGCCAACCCGACACCCGACUCCAACCGCGCCUCCACAUCUUCUUCAUCCAACCAGGAUUCUUCGCCCUAUACGCCCCGACCUUCCGUACCGCCCAAACGACCAGCACAACAAGAAGCCCAACAAGCACCGUCGACGCAAUCGUAACAAGCGACGUCAGCGUCGUGAUAGUCGAGACCUGGCACCCCAGCGGCCGCGUGCGCACCUCCCAGCGCUCGGCCCAGUGCGGACAGGUAUAG